GCCGGCGCGGUCACAUCGUCACUGAAAACAACAACGACGCGCGUCGCUUGUAAAAAAUAUAAUUUUAGUUGUGUGUGUGAAACGUGAAACAAGAGAGAUAAUGGAUGCUACGGGGGCAAUGGAUGCAGGCAAGCUCGAGAUGUUCCGGCAGCUCAAUUUGCUGGAGCAACAUCGCGUGGAGAGUUUCAAAGACUGGCCCUUCCCCGAGCAGUCAUCCUGCAGUAUAUCCAAGAUGGCCGAGGCGGGCUUCUAUUGGACGGGCACUAAGCGCGAGAACGACACGGCCACAUGCUUCGUGUGCAGCAAAACACUGGAUGGCUGGGAGUCCGACGACGAUCCCUGGAAGGAGCAUCUGAAGCACGCGCCACAAUGCGAAUUUGUCAAGCUGGGAUGUGCGGAAAAGGAUUUGACGGUGGCACAAUUUCUAGAAAUACUGGGCACUGUGGUCAAGAGCAGCAUAGAGAAGAAUUGUAAAGCCUUCAAGCAGAGCUUUAUUAGGGAUAACGAGAACAGGCUGGAUGAGUUUACGCAUAAUAACAAAUAGCACUUGGAUUAACUGCGCGUAUAUUUAAUUUUAACAUUAUAAUGUUGUAGCUGUAUAAAUCACUUAAUAAAUCAGGUUGGCAGCCCCAAAUCA